CAUUUGUUAUUUCUACUCUCUUUCUCUCUCUUCAAGCAGACAAGAAAACUCUCUCUCUCUCUCUCUCUCUCUCUGCAUUCUUUCAUGCUCUUUCUCUGCCCUGCUCUGCAGAAAUUUCGAUGGAUUGACCUGAUCAUUACUUCAUGAUUACUUCACCAUCAUCAUUGUCAGCGUCGGGAGCUUCUGCCUGAGCACCAGCCUCUGAGAUUUUUUCUGUAAUGAUCCAGGAGGGUCUUGGGUAAAAGCUCAUAAUUGACAGAGGAGAGGACGUAAUUCUGUUCUUCAACCAACAUGACAACUGAAAUUCCUAUGAGGAUACUGGAAAGUGGUAGACCACCUGGGGAAUGGUUUUCUUCCAAGGAUGUUAUUCUGCCACAUGCAAACUCGAUAAAUGACAUGACAGUAGAUAAGUUGGGGUUGCUUUUAGAAGGGCAUACAAUUCAAGGUGAUAAUGGAGGCAAGGUUCCAAAUCGCUGUGGAAGUGCACCUCCAAGUAUGGAAGGCUCGUUUCUGGCCUUUCAGAACCUGAUAUGUCAGAAAAGGGGAGGUCGGAAUGUAGGCUCUGGGAGCUUUGACAGUGCUCUGCUAAACUGCCAGUCCCUUGAACAAAUUCAUGCUGACCCAUCCUCUUUUGCAUACCAUUGCUCAAAUGCCAACCUGAAUCCUAGGUUUCAUCCUCCUAUAAUCUCGAGGGAGAACAGACAUCUUGUGAACCAUAUAGGGGCUCAGCCUGAUAAUUACAAAUUCAGUUCUUCUGAUGAUAGUGGUGAUGGAUCAUUGCACUUGCAUAGAAGCUCUCUUUCAACUCAUACUGAAGAGCCGGAAGAUGAUAAUUCACCUUCGAAUGCUGCAGAUAAUUGGGCACAAAAUAUUACUGCAGAACUGCCUGUACAUAAACUAGGUAAUUUGGCAGGUCAAGACAAAAGCUUGGCUGAUAUAACUCCACAGGGAGGUUUCCCACACACUCCAUCACCAGUCUUUAGCCAAUCUCCUUCCUCAAACCUAGUUGCAGUGGACAAACCAACUGUAUGUGAUAUUGAAAACGAUCUUUCUAUUGGUAUUUCUGAGUUGCCCGAGACAGGUUCAGACGCUUGCACUGAAGGCUCAGUCGGGCAUGGUGAAUCUUCGGCUAAUGAUGUGUCACCUGUCCCUUCUGAAGAGAUUUCUUAUGUAGAUGUGUUAGGGACACCAUAUACCCAACUUAAAAAUGAAGAAGCAAGUAGUAGCCCAUUCUUGGGAGGUGAACUUACAGAAGGAAGCACAGUAGCAGAUGUUUACAAGAAACACGCAAUGGUGGAGAGAGAGAAAAUUAAGGACAGUGAAAGUUCCAAUGAAAAAAAUGUACCAGAGUCGCACCAUUCUUAUUCGUGGCAGAACACAGCUUACCAUGUUACUGGCCCACAAGUUCAAAUACCCGGUCAUGGUCAUCCUAGGUUCUCCUCGGUUGAGGUACCAGUAGUACAACAAACUUCUGGACUGGUACCUCCUUUAUAUGCAACGGCUGCUGCUUAUAUGGCUUCAGUAAACCAAUUUUAUUCUAGUGUGAACUCAUUUGGCGUAUAUUCUCCUCAAUACAACAUGGGGGGCUAUGCAGCUGGUUCUGAAUUUCUUCCAGCCUAUGCCACUGGAUAUCCAUCUCAUAGUGGUCUGCCUGGGCAAAUCAUUAGUGAUCAAUCUACUGGUCUUUCGACUAAGGAAAGCAUUCCACACGUAGGGGAUUUCCAGCAAAUAAACAAGCUUUAUGGUCACCAGGGAUUAAUGUUGCAUCCUUUUCUUGAUCCUUUCCAAAUCCCGUACUUCCAGCAUUCUGUUGAGGAUGCAUUCCAUCUUUCUGGGCAAUAUGUUAAUUUUGCAUCAACAAGUGUGGUUGGAAGCCAAGUCAAUUCGUACACUUUACAGAAAGACCCCACUCUUCCUUACCACUUUGGUGAUCAGAAUUUUCAGCCUACUCCUAGUGCAAAUUUGUCGGUACCAACUCCAAGGAAAAGGGAAGCACCUAAAAAUAGUUACUAUGGAAGUCCCACUAGUCCUGGGGUUGUGCCACAGUUUCCAGUACCCCCUCUGGGCAGUCCCAUUUUGCCAGGAUCCCCAGUUGGAGGGGCAAAUCCUUUUGGAUGGAGGAAUGAAACAAGAUUCUCUCAGGGUUCCGGUAGAAACCUUGGUGUUUACUCUGGAUGGCAAGGACAAAGAGGAUCUGAUGGAGUCAAUGAUCCUAAAAAGUAUUUUCUUGAAGAUCUAAAAGCAGGCAACAGUAGGAAAAUUUGUCUCUCUGAUAUUGCGGGUCGAAUUGGCGAGUUUAGUGUUGAUCAGCAUGGGAGCCGAUUCAUACAGCAGAAGUUGUUAAACUGUAGUAUUGAAGAUAAGGUAUCUGUUUUCAAAGAAGUUCUUCCACUUGCUUCAAAGCUGAUCACUGAUGUUUUUGGGAACUACGUUAUUCAGAAGUUCUUUGAAUAUGGGACUCACGAGCAAAGGAAGGAGCUGGCUAGUCAGUUAUCUGGGCAGAUAUUACCUUUAAGUUUGCAAAUGUAUGGUUGCCGUGUUAUCCAAAAGGCCCUUGAAGUUAUUGAUCUUGACCAGAAAACAGAACUUGUGCAUGAACUCGACGGGCAUGUAAUGAAAUGUGUACGGGACCAGAAUGGAAAUCACGUAAUACAAAAAUGCAUCGAAUGUGUCCCAACAGAAAAAAUUGGUUUUAUUUUAUCUUCUUUCCAAGGCCAAGUUGCUAUGCUGUCUACCCAUCCCUAUGGUUGUCGUGUGAUCCAGAGAGUUUUAGAGCAUUGUUCAAAUGACUCGCAAAGUCAAUGUAUAGUGGAUGAAAUCUUGGAAUCAGCGUAUGUUCUUGCUCAGGAUCAGUAUGGAAACUAUGUCACCCAGCAUGUUUUGCUAAGGGCACGACCACGUGAAAGGCUUCAGAUUAUUAACAAGCUGGCCGGGAAAGUUGUACAGUUGAGUCAGCAUAAAUAUGCUUCCAACGUUGUUGAGAAGUGUUUGGAACAUGGCGAUUCUGCUGAACGCGAGCUCUUGAUUGAGGAGAUUCUUGCUCAAUCUGAGGGAAACGACAGUUUGCUGACUAUGAUGAAGGAUCAGUUUGCAAACUACGUGGUUCAGAAGAUUCUCGAAAUCAGCAACGAUAAACAACGAGCAACGUUGCUGAAUCGUAUCAAGGUUCAUCUUCAAGCUCUGAGGAAAUACACCUAUGGUAAACACAUAGUGGCGAGAUUCGAACAGCUUUCUGGGGAAGAAACAGAAGCUGAAUGAGCCUUAGAUUAUGGGAUUCUUGAAGCCUUUCAAGAAGCUAUGUUGAAAGGAAUGGCUUAAUUGAUCUGCAGAAGUAGUUUGGGUUCUCAAUUACUAGUUUCCCAGUGUAGAACUUGUUAUGUUUGUGCAUACAUACAUACAUAGAAAUAAUUAAGAGACUGUCAUAUAGGUAAAACGUUAACAGAACAAUAUGGUUGCAUUAGUUGCAUGUUUUAUUUCCUCCCUACAUUUUACACAUUUAAGUAUAAUUUUUGAGUAAUUUUCUAAAGGAACAAUAGCCAAGCAAUAUUACAUGCCUUCUUCA